AUGAGCGUUGCGAAAUUUCAAAACUUUGAUUGGGACCUAAGCAUUGCUAAUCUUUCGUCUUCUGACUUCCCAAUUGAACAAUUCCGACACAGCAAUGAUGAGGUAUAUUUUUCUAAUAAUAAAAAUUUAAAAAUUCGUUUUUUUCAGAAUGAAUUUGAAACAAUUGUGGGAAUCGCAGUGAUUUUCUCUGCGGUCACUGGAAUAUUCACAAAUCUAUUAGUGAUAUUGUUGUCAUUCGGUCAUGUUCAUGGUGACUUUCGUUUCUUUGUGGCAAACCUUGCAGUUGUGGAUAUUUUAUGUGGAUCUGUUUUUAUGUUCAUGGGCUAUAUAAAUGUAAAUGAUGAUCAUCAUAUCCCCAGCCAGUUUUUAUAUUACAUGACAUUAGCAUUUUAUGGAUCCUUUGGGACCAUGAUAUGCGCAAUUGUGCCGAUUUCUCUGAGCCGAGUUUUGGCACUUUCCAACGCGUCUGUGUAUACAACAAUCUUCGGUGGCAGACGUUCGCUGUUCUUCUGCGUGUUUUUGGAUUUGCUUCCGAUAGGGAUACUUUAUUUGAUAUGUGUGGUGGAUCACGAUUUGGCCAAAAUUCUUUUCUACUGCUUUGCUUUUAUUACUACUUUUGCUUACUUUGUGGCGUUUACUACAAACUACAUGGUAUUCCGUGUAGUCGGUGAGUCAGUAUUUUCUUCUGAACUUUUUUUAUGUUUCAUUCCAGCAAAACAUAUAAAAGUGGUAGAGAAUCUCCAUGACCAAGCAAGACUACUUGAAACCAGACAAGUAGCGAUUGCGACCUUAGCCCAAGCUAUAAUUCCUCUUUUUUGUCAGGUAAGAAAACAUAAUAAUAACUCAUGA